AUGAGAGCCCUUUUCCUCUUCGCCACCGUCUACAUUCUCAUUGCCGCGGUCGCUUGUCAGCCUCUGCGUGAAGCCAAGGCAGAGCUCGAGCUCAGCAAGAGGUACAGUCACAAGCCUCUCGACCAUUCCAAAAAUGCGAGGACGGCUUCUCCAAAAUUCAAACGUAGAUUCCAAGCGUUGGCUUCGGCUGCCGAUGCUGUCUCUGGCAUGUUUUCUCGAAUCGGUGCCCGUGUGAGAGGCGGCAAAGAUGCCAUACAGACCGCCGAAGAAGCUGUCAAAUUUCCAGCGAGAAAGCCGUUCGCUCGACCCAAUGUCCUCGCGAAGCCAGAAACAACCGAUCCAUUCCAGAGAACCCUCUCUCCGCGCUUCAAGUUCCAAGGCAACGAGAACGGCUACAAGGGAGAUGUCGACCACGAGGGUCUCCGAGCAAAAAUUUACGAUCGGCCUCCUCUUACAAUUGGACGAGAGACUGGUGUUGCAGGCACGGACAAGGCUAGCGCUUUUCUCAAGACCGAACCCGACGGCGAGGAGAAAGUAUACAAGCACAUGUGGCAGGAUCCGAAGAAGCGUCCUUGGAUGGUAGCUGCCGCUACAAUUAGUGCAUUCGCCACCUGGCUCGUGGCUAAGAACAUCAAGCAAGAUAUCGAGACCACGCAAAAUCUCAAUGCUGCUGCCGCCAGCUCUCAAGCCCAGCAGUACGCGGCUACCCAGCAAGCGCUUGCCCAGAACGCAGCUCUCGAGGCUGCUGGCUCUACCAACGAUGCGCAUAUCGAUAGCACCAUUUCAGGUAGUGCUGCAACUCCACCCGCCGACGGCGGCGCGCAAGGUCCAACGCAACCUCGUCUCGUAAAGCGCUUCAUCCCUUUGGCAGAGAUUCGAGAAAGGGCUUCGAGAGUGACUAUGAGCGGCGGCAUUCUAAACUUGACUCGAUUCGCGACCAGGUUUCCCGCUGAAUUGAAGAGGCAAGUCAUCGGCAUCUUUGUCGGUUCAACAGCAAUGCUCGCCACCAGCUUAGCGCUCUUCUUAUGUUACUUCAAAGGCCAUUGCCGAAGCAGUACCGAACCCGAACCUUUGCCUGACAAUUACACAAUGCCCGAGCCGUCGCCCUCGCCACAGCCUGCUCCUUCUGUUCAAGUUGUCCACACCGACCUCUUCGAGCGGUCGGUUGUUGCUCCUCAACUCGUUCCUACCAUCCUCCGCAAGCGCACGGCUCUUCCUUCUCGAGUCGAAACCAAGCCUUCUCACCUGCAUGAUGCUUUUGCUCAGGCUGUCAAGAAUCAUGUCAAAGUGCCAGAAGUUUCGUCGGCAACUCUUCAGCGAAGGACUCCGGAGGCACCACUCUUUUUCGGUACGGCUGAACCAAACUUCCUCGCAGAGUAUCCCAAAACCACUCUGUCUCUUGCGGUCCUUGUUGCUGGCUCUUUCUUCACUUACAAGGGCUAUCAAAUACACAAAGAACGCAAGCGGCUCCGAAACGGCUCCCCGAACCAGCUGUUUCGACCUUCGCAAACGAAUGGUCUGUACCGAAGAGGGUUUCAAGUCUACGGCUUCGAGGAAUUCUGGAAAGACGGCUUCCACUUCCGCGUUCGCGAUGUCCUGACUACCCUCGUCCUCAUCGGACUUACUGUUGGUUCGAGUAUCUACGGAGUUCUUAGGAUUCUCGAGGCUAGCCAUCCUGGCAGCAACAAGCAUAAACGAGAUCUAUCGGCAACGUCGUCGAUCCAUCACCGUAAGCGUGGCGAAUUUCCCUUGGGUACCCCUGUAGGAAUGAUGGAAACCGCCCUUGAAGGUGUUCGUUCCAGUCGCGCCGAGACGCACCUCACCGAGUCCAGCAGUCAGGCUCCCGACCGGGCGCAAGUCACUCGGCAUCGCCUUGUUGACAUGGCCAUCGGGGCAUUGGGUACGGCAGUUGUAGCAACUGCUGCAAUUGGAGGAUCUUUGUGGUACGAUAGUCACAAGAAAUACGUCCAGGACGGCAAACACCACAAGCGGGAUAUGGCGGCCCACCCACCUCCUUCGCACAGGACCGGCGAUCACAUCUCGAAGCGCAUGGUCCAAGUCGUUCAUGCUAUUGAGGAAAACACUGUGGUGGAUGGCGCUGCUGUAACGGCACCUCUGCAGCGAAGAGCACGAGUAGACAGCUCGCUUCAAGAGCUGGCUGGGUUCUCCGUUGUCUUUCUUCCCAUUGUUGGUCUAGCGGGUUGGUCUGCGAUCAAGAAAUACCAGCAGGCUAAAGAGGAGUCUAGAGCAUUUCCGGCGCAGGGUCCUCCACAUCCCAGCUUCGUCUCCAAGCUCACGGGCAAUGGCGAUCCUCUGAUCGAGGAGGGCAGAGCGGCGGUUGCUCCAUCGGUGCCUCUGCAGCGAAGACAGAUCUCAUCAAAGCCACUCAGGCAGGUGGGCAGGGACUUUGACGAAAUCCUAUACUAUGCACUUGGCAGUAUCAUCCUAUACGCGGCUGCCACACGGAUUCACGAGGUUGUCAAAGACACUAGAGCAGACAGGCAUAACCGUGACCGGCAACAGCCAAGUGCAUCGGCGGUUCCACGUUCGCCACCCUCCUACACUCUACGCAAGCGCCUCAUAAAGCGCAUGGUGGCAGCGGAUCAAGCCAUCGAGAUGAAUCGUAUGGCCGAUCCAAACCGAGCCCCUACAUCGCCAGGGGUGGAUCCAGUCGCUUGGCAGAUGUCCCAUUUGCAAGACGAGCUGACUCGCCCGCAGCUGAUUGCUGUCGCUGCUGCUUUCUUCACCGGCAUCGCUUUCAUGGUGAUCGGAGGGCGCGAACUGUGGAAGUUUUACCGCUCGGAACACGAUGACCCAGACGACGAACCAGAUUCCAAGUCGCCUCCUCACAAGCUUGAUGAAGAAAUGAUCUUCCGACGACGGAUGCUUCAAGAUGACGACGAUGCUGUAGCUGCUUCUGGUAGGCGUCUAUCGAAACGAAUGUUCCAGAUGCACGCGGUCCCAGAGGCUCGUCGUGAAUCUCCUACAGUGGUUCCGUUCAACGAAGACGAGUCGGCUGUGGCUGCUCAGGAGGUUCAAGAAGCUCUGCCAGCUGGUGCUGCUGCUGAGGGAGCAUGGCUGGCGAAUCCGUAUGUCGUGAUUCCGGCAGCCACAGCUCUUUCUGGCAUAAUCUCGGGUGCAGUGGUUGCCCUUAUUUACGGGGUCGAGCAAUUGAAGAAAGAACAACAUCAUGGCGACGGUUCAGAUCCCGAAACGAUCAGUCCUCAUCAUAAACUCGACCAGCGCUCUCUCCUGCAGCACCGUGAGCUGUUUUCAGGUUCCGAAACAUCUGUCGAAAAUCUCGUCGAACGUGCGAUUCCUUUGGCUGGAGCAGAGACUUCGGGAGAAGCGGUUGCUGCGGAAAUGUCUCGCAUCUCUUCAGGCGUGGCUCUCCAAAAUAAUCCAGCUCCUGGUCUCGUCGAGGUUACUGAGCACGUUCCUCGACAGGCUGGACAGCAACUCCGGUCCGCCAGGCAGCGAGCCCGAGACCAUUUCGCGAAGUACUGGCCCGGAUACGUCGGCUUUACUCUGGGGAUCGCAGCUUUCACCGGUAUCACCGAACUACUUCGUGACUACAUCAAACAUCAUCCCAAAGAGCAACAGAGGCCCGGCUUGUCGAAGCGAAGCGUCCAAACUCCCGAAGCCACGUUCAACCUCGACAGGAGCGAACUCUCCAAGCGCGCCCCAACUCUUGGCGAUCUUGCGAACGCCUCCCGCGAUGACACGUUCGCAGUCAAAAUGGUAGUCCGCAGGUGGCGAAACGCCGCCUAUCGGCGUCGCAGGGAGCAUCGUCAUCGAUCCCGGGUUGUGAGGCUUGGUGAUGCACGCGCAACCGCACAUGCGCAAAAAACAUCCGAGGCCAGAAAAACUUUACGCAGCAAUGAUCUCUCUAAGCGCGGUCUGACUGCGGCCGACGUUGGGAAGCUUCCUGAAGAUGCCAUGCUGGCCGCCAGGAUGAUGGAAAGAAGGUGGCGAGGUGUGGCGUAUCGGGAUCGCGUGAGCCAGCGCCCUGUAUUGCCGGUCGUCAGGCUUGGAGGUACCGAGCCUGCAAGACGCGCUCGAUGGCAGAAGGUUGCCAGAAAGGUUGCUGUACCUGCCCUUACCGGUGUGCCUAUAGGGCUGACUUUCUACUUGGCUUUGCGCCUUACACUGGAGAGAAUGAAGCAGCAGAAGCAGCAGAGGGAGCGCCACCGCGAGGAGCAUGAGGACGAGCAGGCCGAGCGUGGCAUCGCCUCGCAUCAUCCGCUCUCGAAGCGAGCUGUUUCGUCCGAAUCUCUCCUAAACCUGCUCAAACUCUCAAAGGCUGACCUCAAGAGCCUUGCCUCGAACGCGCCACUCACGGAAAAGCAAAGGCAAGCACGUAAUGCCAGGCUGCGCAAGCUAGGUCUCAUCGCAAGCACUGCCACUGCCGCCACAGCUCUGAAGGGCUGGCUCUUGUACGAAAUCAUCAAAACGCAUGUCGAAAGCAAAGAACGCAAGCGCUUCCGAGACGAAUGGAGUCGGCAACAACAAGCGCAGCAGGAGCAGGAGUGGAGUUUCUACGGCACGUCUUACCCGCCAGGCGACACCAUCUACCCCGGCUCUGCUGCUGGUGAGACGAACUCAGACUCUUCUCGAGGGGCGUCAGGGGAGCUUCGAAAGCGUGAUCAAGUUCAUCCGGCGUUUGCGCACCAGAUGGGGGGUACCGUCGAGAACGCGCCACCGUACCACAAGCUUCGAGAGUGGCGCACGCAGACAGGAGACACACUGCGAGAAUGGGGGAGGGAGGCCAAAUGGAAAACUGAAUACUGGGCCGGCCAAGUCACAGAUAAGUUGCUAGAACACCCCAAGAUCACGUACGGGACCUUGUUGUCAGCUAUGGCGAUCGGUGGCAUCUUUCUGGGGGCUCAUUAG